AUGGAAAAAACAGAAUCUACAGAGUCCAAUAGUACAUCAUCCGCCGAUAAUAGCAACUCCAGGCAAACACCCACUAUCUCUCCUAGAAGGGCGACUACCACACCCUCAGACGCCAACCAUUCAGCAAGACCACCACCACGACAUCGUAUACUUGAAAAUUUCAGGUUAAUUUGGUUAGAUUCCGAUAUAGAUGAAUCCGACGCAGACUUUAAACAUUCCCUAAUCCAACUUCGAAAAAUUGUCAACACCAUUGACACAUUCACCAAUGCUGAUCCAUGCGUCGAUUUUCUUAAUCAGACUAAGAACGAAAAAGUCUUUAUGAUUGUUUCAGGCGCUCUUGGACAAUCAACAGUACCGAACAUUCAUCAUUUUCCUCAACUUGAUUCUGUGUAUGUAUUUUGUCGCAACAAGACAAAACAUGAACAGUGGAGGAAAGAAUGGUCAAAGGUCAAAGAUGUUUUCAGUGGAAUCGAUCUGAUUUGUGACAGACUCAAACAAGAUACUCAACAAUGUGACCAUAAUUCUGUUUCGAUCAGUGUCACCACCAGUGGAGAUUUGGAUAAUCUUGAUCCAUCAUUUAUGUAUACACAAUUGCUCAAAGAAACUCUUAUUGAAAUGCAAUAUGAUGACAAGGCAAAAACAGCCCUUGCUAACUUUUGUCGAGAUCAAUACCAUGACAAUCCACAUGAGAAGCAGAUAAUCGAUGAGUUCGAACGAGAUUAUGACGAUCAUACACCCAUCUGGUGGUACACUCGGGAAGGUUUCACUUAUAAGAUGCUCAAUCGAGCCCUCCGAACACAAGACGUGGAAAUUAUCAUACAAAUGGGCUUCUUUCUACGUGAUGUUCAUCGACACAUUGAAAAAAUCCACUCGGAAACUGAAUAUCAAGGCAUCUUAAUGGUCUAUCGAGGUCAAUGCAUGUCCACUGUGGACUUUAACAAGAUCCUACAGAGUAAAGGUGCUCUGUUGGCGUUUAAUAACUUCUUAUCGACGAGUACAAAUCGAAACGUCUCAUUGGAAUUUGCUCGUGGUGCGCUAAACAAUCUUAAUUCGGUCGGUGUUCUCUUCGAAAUGACUGUUAAUCCAUCAAAGUCGUCAACUCCGUUCGCUUCCGUGGCACACGUCAGCGCCUCCCAGACCGAGGAAGAAAUUUUAUUUUCCAUGCAUUCUGUAUUUCGAAUCGGUGAAAUCCAAGCAAUUCAACAUGGUAUCUGGCGAGUGGAACUCACGUUGACCACCGACGAUGAUCCAGAGCUUAAACAACUGACUGACUAUUUUCGAAAAGAGACACAAGGAACAACCGAAAUGGGAGAGUACUCGAAAGCACUUGAAUACUAUGAAAAAUCACACAAGAUUAGAGAAAAAUCUCUCCCUCCAAGUCAUCCCGAUUUGGCUAACAGUUACGACUCUAUCGGCUCGGUCUAUCACACCAUGGGAGAGUAUUCGAAAGUACUUGAAUACUAUGAAAAAUCACAGAAAAUUAGAGAGAAAUCUCUCCCUCCAAAUCAUCCCGAUUUGGCUAACAGUUAUGACUCUAUUGGCACGGUGUAUGACAAUAUGGGAGAAUACUCGAAAGCACUUGAAUACUAUGAAAAAUCCCAGAAUAUCAGAGAAAAAUCCCUCUCUUCAAGUCAUCCGGAUGUAGCUGGUGGUUAUAUCGGCAUCGGUUGGAUGUUUAAAAACAUGGGAGAGUACUCGAAAGCGCUUUCGUCUUACGAUAAAGCACUUAAAAUCUAUGAAAAAUCUCUCCCUCCGAUUCAUCCGGAUUUGGCCAACUGCUACAACAACAUCGGUGAGAUAUAUUGUAAUAUGGGCGAGUACUCGACAGCACUUGAGUACCAUGAGAAAUCACAAAAAAUCAGGGAAGAAUCGCUCCCUCCGAAUCAUCUCCAUUUGAUUGAAAGUAACAACAACAUUGGUUUGGUCUAUUUCAACAUGGGAGAGUACUCGAAAGCAUUUUCAGUGCUUAGAGGAUCUCUGAAUAUUCAUCAAAUGUCACAGGAUAAUAGUAAUUCGAAAUUUGCUGCAACAACAUACUAUUGGUUAGGACGGAUAGAGUGUUUUAUGAAGGAUUAUUCGAAAGCACUUGAAUACUAUGGAAAAACGUUGGACAUAUACAAAAAAAGAGCAUUGCCGGAAAAACAUCCAGACUUCGCUAUAACAUACAGUAACAUUGGAGAUGUGAAAAGAUUAACUGGAGAUUAUACAACUGCACGUUCAUUUCUGGAAAAAGCACUCGAAAUUCAAGAAAAUGUUACUUGUGAUCCUUGUGGGUUGGCUUGGAUAUACACUUAUAUGGGUGAAACUUAUCGUGAGACGAAAGAUUACUCAGCAGCACUAGAAUUUCAUGAAAAAGCACUGAAAAUCCGUGACAAAUUGCUCGCUUCGAGUCAUCCCGAUUUGGCUGUAACAUGUCACAAUUUAGCGAAGGUUUACAACGGACGAAGACAAUUUAAAGUGGCUUUUGGACUUGCUCAGCUCGCUGUUGAAAUGGCUGAACAAAAGUUGCCUGGAAAACAUCCGCAUAUUUUGGAAUAUAAGGAAACAGUGCUAGAAAUAUGUAAAAGCUUGUGA